AUGGCCGUGGGGGGCAAGGUCAAGGACUAUUUCCACAAUGUCUAUCAGCCAGGCGAACGCGCCCUCAUCCAGAAAAUCGACUUUUUCAUUCUGACAUUCUGCUGUCUGAGCUACUUUGUCAACUAUCUCGACCGCAGCAAUCUGAACAAUGCCUACGUGUCGGGCAUGAAAGACGACCUCGGCUUUGUCGGAGACCAACUCACACAGAUAAAUACUUGUUUUACCGUUGGCUACGUCGUCGGGCAGAUACCCUCCAACUUGUCGCUGCACUAUGUCAAGCCGCGCAUCUGGUUUCCCCUCAUGAUGGUCCUCUGGGGCGGGCUCACCAUGGUCACCGCAUCGACGCACAACCCGCAGUCCAUUAUGGCGAUUCGCUUCUUCCAGGGCAUCUGCGAAGCCUCCACCUUUGUCGGCACGCACUACAUCCUCGGCGCCUGGUACACGGAGCGCGAGCUCGGCAAGCGCAGCGGCAUCUUCACCUCGUCCGGCCUCGCCGGCACCAUGAUUGGCGGCUUCAUCCAGACGGGGCUCAACCGCGGACUCGACGGCCGCGGCGGGCUGGCGGGCUGGCGCUGGCUGUUCAUCAUUGACGGGCUGAUUACCAUGCCCGUCGCGCUCUACGGCUUCGUCUUCUUCCCGGACACGCCGCAGACGACGCGCGCAUUCUACCUCACAGAAGAGGAAAAGGCGCUGGCAAGGUCGCGCGUGCCCCAGGCGGCAGAAGACGGCCAGUCACCGAUGACGCUCGCCUUUGUCAAAAAGGUCCUCACGUCGUGGUACUGGUGGGGCUUCGUGAUGCUCUGGGUGAUUGCGGGCGAGACAGAGUCGUUUAGCAGCAACGCACUGCUGGCGCUAUACAUGCAGAAGCAUCCCGUCAACAAGUACACCAAGGCGCAGCUCAACGACUACCCGACGGGCGUGCCUGCCGUGGGCAUCGUGUCAACGCUGUUCUGGGCCACGCUGACGGAUUUUCUCGGUGGCAAACGCUACCUUGUCGGCUACUGGAUUGGCAUAACGGGCAUUGCCACAUCCAUUAUGAUUCUAGUAGCGUCCAAUAACCCUACCAGUUCCUCGUCCACUUCUGUCGUCUUUGGGGCGUACUACUGGGCUGGGUCUGUAUACGCAUGCCAGGCAACAUUUUUCGCCUGGUGCAACGACGCCAUGCGAUUUGAAGCGUCUGUUUUUCGAGGCGUGGUAUUGGCUGGUAUGAAUCUAGGAAACAACGCUGUCAAUGCGUGGUGGAUUCUCAUAUUCUACGGCGCCUCGCGAGCGCCGUGGUUCAUUCGUGGCAUGUGCUCCGUGGUGGUCGCGCGCAUCAAGACUGCACCGCGUGCCGCAGCCGGGCUGUCGCGAUCGUUUAGCACCUCGCCGCGCCAUGGGCAGGCCGUUGCGGAAAAGGGCAACGAAAAGGCCGUCAAAAAAGACGACGUGGAGGACGAUGCUGUCCCCGAUGUGGAUGAAGCCAAAACGCUUGCCGUGCGGCGAAAACAUGCUGCGCAGCUUUCCAAGAAUGAACCCGAAGUGAACAAUUCCACUGGCGGUCUCUUGCGCCUCCUGAGCAUCGCCCGGCCCGAGGCCAAGCCGCUGGGCCUCGCCACCGUCUUUCUCGCCGUCUCGGCGACGAUUACCAUGACGAUUCCGUACGCCGUGGGCCGCAUCAUCGAUGCCGCUGGCAAAGCGGGCGUCGUCGACGUCGCCGGCCACUCCUUUACCCUUACCCAAUUCGUCGUCGGCAUGGGCACGGUGCUCACAAUCGGCUCAGCCGCCUCGUUUACACGCAACAUCAUGAUGCGCAUCAUUGGCGAGCGCGUCAUUGCGAGGCUGCGCUCGCGCCUGUACCGUCGCACCUACACGCAGGAUGCCGAAUUCUUUGAUGUCAACCCCGUGGGCGACUUGAUAUCCAGACUGGGGUCUGACGUCAACAUUGUGGGCGACUCGGUGACUACGAGUGUCACGUAUGCCCUACGCUCUACUUUCAACACGAUUGCGGGCAUCUCCAUCAUGCUGUGGACCAGCGCAAAGCUCACGAUGCUCAUGCUAGUCAUUCUGCCGCCCAUGGCUGUCGGAUCUCUCAUCUACGGCCGCUUUGUGGAAAAGAUGAGCAAGCGCGUGCAAAAGAAUCUCGGCACGCUGACAAAGAUUGCUGAGGAAAGACUGGGCAACGUCAAGACGAGCCAGGCCUUUGUCGGAGAACGUCAGGAGGUGCAUCGAUACAACCAGCAGAUUCGCAAGGUGUUUGCGCUGCGCAAACGCGAAGGCAUCGUGACGUCAACAUUUUACACGUCGACGCUCUGGGCUGGCAAUAUCUCGUUUCUCAUCAUGCUCACAGUUGGCAACAGCUUCAUCCAGUCUGGGGCCAUGACGACGGGCGACCUCACCGCCUUUGUCAUGUACGCCAUGUUUGCCGGCACGGGCAUGAUGGACUUUUUCUACACGUACACGGAAAUCAUGCGCGGCUCCGGCGCCGCCCACCGGCUAUUCGAGCUGUCGGACAAGAAGCCGCGGAUCCCGCAGAGCGCCGGCGCCCGCAUCGCGUCCGCCCAAGGCACCGUCAAGUUCACAAACGUGCAUUUUGCGUACCCCACGCGGCCAGACGCCAAAAUCUUCAACGGUCUCAACUUUGAGAUUCCCUCGGGCAGCAACGCCUGCAUCGUCGGCCCCUCUGGCCGCGGCAAGUCCACCAUUGGCACGCUCCUGCAGCGCUUCUACGAUCCCGUCGCCGGCACCAUCACCAUCAACGGCCAAGACAUUUCCCAAAUCAGCGUCAAGUCGCUCCGUCGGCGCAUCGGAGUCGUUGCGCAGGAGCCCGUGCUCUUCUCCGGCACCAUUGCCGAGAACAUAUCCUACGGCGUGCCCGGCGCGACCGAGGAGGAGAUUUUGCACGCCGCCAAGGUCGCCAACUGCACUUUUAUCGACAACCUGCCCAAGGGCCUGCAGACGCAAGUCGGCGCGCGCGGGUCGCAGCUCUCGGGCGGGCAGAAGCAGCGCGUGGCGAUUGCGCGCGCGGUGCUCAAGCGGCCCGACAUUCUGAUCCUCGACGAGGCCACCUCGGCGCUCGACGCCGAGUCGGAGACGCUGGUGAACCAAGCGCUGGGCAGGCUGUUUCAAGGCAGCAUGACCACCAUUUCCAUUGCGCACCGUCUGUCGACGAUUGAAAAGGCGGAUCUGCUGAUUGUGCUGAAUGCGGACGGCGAGGUGGCCGAGAUUGGCGGCUACAGGGAGCUCUCGGCGAACAAGGACAGCGAGUUUAGCAAGCUGAUGGAGAAUCAGAUGCGCUCGCCGAUGGCGGGCAAGCCUGCGGACGAUGUUGAGACUAUCAUGGUUGAUGAGGAGGCGGUAGAGGAGGCCAAGAGGCGUGAAGCAUAG